GUUUACCACACUACUCGCUAGAAUAGAAGCCGUACUAAACUCAAGACCAAUAUCACCUCUCUCGCAAGAUCCCUCCGAUUUCACAGCCCUCACACCAGGUCAUUUCUUAAGAGGAGCUCCCCUUCUCGCCAUACCUGAGACAGAAGGAGACUCACUCUCUUUAAUAAAUCGAUGGGAAAGAAUAAAGAUUCUCCAUCACGAAUUCAGCCACAGAUGGAAGGAGGAUUAUCUUAAAGAUCUCCAUAAGAGAUACAGAUGGAAAACAGCCCAAAAGGAACCCAAUGCAGGAGAAUGCGUCAUCAUACAGGACGAAUGCCUUCCUCCAACGGAAUGGCGACUAGGCCGCAUUGAAAAGGUCCAUCGAGGAUCAGAUGGUCACAUCAGAGUAGUCGAUAUACGAACACAAACCGGCAUAUUAACUCGACCAGUCGUAAAAUUGUGCUUUCUUCCAAACAGCGAAGAGCACCAACCAAAACCGCAAAAUUAAUCAAAAAUAAAUAAUCAAUACCGCAAAUUCGCAAAAAGAUCCGAAAUUCAAUCUUUUAAAAUUCUUAGACACAAAAUAAAUCCUAACAAACGCGAUUAGAUCAAUUAUAUGUGUAUAUCGAUAUGUAUAUGUACCCCAUAACCAAAAAUAAUAUUGUUCCAAAUUAAGAUUCAAAUCAUGUUAAUAUGUAUUCCUAUUCCCAUAGAAAUGGACGUAGAAGACGUACAAAUUAUCAGCGAGACAUUGAGGUCCGAAAAAGCUACACCCAUAGCGUCAGCUGCACCCGUUGCCGCUCCAAGAACCACGGUUAUGCGAUCAUCAUCUGCCGCAGCAGUCAGGGAGACAAGGGAAGAGCAGCUCUUAGAAGAUCAAGGGCCUCCUCGAUGUCGUCUGUGCCAUCGCCCACACGCCCUGAAGAGAUGCCCGAUAUUCUUGAGCAUGAAGCCUGCUCAACGCCAACAAAUUGCGAGAGCCCACGGGCACUGCAUGAUGUGCUUGGCAGACGAUCACGCAACCAACGAGUGCUGGGCCGACCAAUCAUGUAGACAGUGCCACAAACCACACCACACGCUGUUUCACCAAUUUGCGAGACGACCCAAUCCCACACUAACUCGCACUCGUCAAAGACAACACCGCGAUCCGGUCCAGCGCCGAAAAGGCAAUCGCUCUGAAACAACCAGAGUAGCACGGUCACGGCCGUUCUCGCCACGCCAUGAGUAUCAUCGUCAACAUCGCCGCCCAACCGGAUUAAGCGCCGUAGUCAGCACGCUCCAACAACUCCAAAGACUUCUAGGCAAUUAAUUCGCCUAGGGGGGCCGGGAUGUUUACAUGACUUAGUAACAUGCAACAACAUCUCACAAAACCGUCAUCACAUCACAUUACAUCACGCAUCACAUCAUUACA